CCUCCCACUCCGGAAACAGACUAUCCUGACCUGUCUCCAGAUGAGCUGGAGGGUUAUCCCGAGGAGGACUACUCGCCCGUGGGCUCCUACGAUCAGGGGGCUGCUUUCUCUCUGUCCGUGAGGCGGCCCGAGGAGCUGGGCUCACCCCCGGGAUGGUACGGACACAGCCACCCCGAGGGAGCCGUGUUCUACCCCGAGCACUUCACCUCCGACACGGUGCCGGCCAGUGGCCGCCACAAGCGGGCCAGCAGUGGCUCCAGCCAGGACAGCGGGCUCUUUGCCUGGCACAGCCCCGUGUCCCCGGCGCUGGGGCUCAAGGAGGAGAAGUUUAAAAGCCUCGAAAAAGCCGGGGUGCUCAACCGGACCAAGACGGUGGACAGAGGGAAGCGGCUCCGGAAGAACUGGAGCUCCUCCUGGACGGUGCUGGAGGGGGGGAUCCUCACCUUCUUCAAGGACUCCAAGCACUCGGCUGCUGGUGCCUUGGUAAGAGCCCCAACGGCCUCGGUGGGGCCAGCACCCAUGGGACGGGGCCAGCACCCAUGGGACAGGGCCAGCACUCAUGGGAUGGGGCCAGCACCCAUGGGAUGGGGGCAGGAACCCAGGGGUGCAAAGCCCAGCACCCUCCAGCGUGGGCACCUCGGGCAUCACCCUCUCCCUCCCUCCCUCCCUCCCCAGGUGCCGGCCAGUGGCCGCCACAAGCGGGCCAGCAGUGGCUCCAGCCAGGACAGCGGGCUCUUUGCCUGGCACAGCCCCGUGUCCCCGGCGCUGGGGCUCAAGGAGGAGAAGUUUAAAAGCCUCGAAAAAGCCGGGGUGCUCAACCGGACCAAGACGGUGGACAGAGGGAAGCGGCUCCGUAAGAAGAACUGGAGCUCCUCCUGGACGGUGCUGGAGGGGGGGAUCCUCACCUUCUUCAAGGACUCCAAGCACUCGGCUGCUGGUGCCUUGCGUCACCCCAGCACCCUGACCACCCCCGAGCACACGGUGGAGCUGCGCGGGGCCACCCUCGCCUGGGCCGGCAAGGACAAGUCCAGCAAGAAGCACGUCCUGGAGCUGAAGACGCGGGAGGGCUCCGAGUUCCUCAUCCAGCACGACUCGGAGCAGAUCAUCGCCGCCUGGCAGAAGGCCAUCGCCGACAGCAUCGGCAAGAUGGGCACCGACCUCCUUGGUGAGGACGACACCGAUAGCGCGGCUGAAUUCGGCUCCCGGGAGAAGCUGGGGGGCAGCGAGGAGAAGAGGGCAGCAGCCGGGCAGGGGAUGGGCAGUGCCAGCGGGGAGAACGACUCCAGCAAAGUCCGCAACAAGCUCCGCAAGUUCCUGCAGAGGCGGCCGACGAUGCAGUCCCUGCGCGAGCGGGGCUACAUCAAGGAUCAGAUUUUUGGCUGCUCCCUGCAAGCACUGUGCGAGCGGGAGCGGGGGACGGUGCCGCGCUUCGUCCUGCAGUGCAUCCAGACCGUGGAGAGGAGAGGUCUGGACAUCGAUGGGUUGUACCGGGUCAGUGGCAACCUGGCCACCAUCCAGAAGCUGCGCUACAAGGUGGAGCACGAAGAGCACCUGGACCUGGAUGACGGGCGCUGGGAGGACAUCCACGUUGUCACCGGGGCACUGAAGCUCUUCUUCCGGGAGCUGCCAGAGCCACUCGUCCCCUUCGGCCACUUCGACAAGUUCAUCGCUGCCAUCAAGAUGCAGGACCCGACCAGACGAGGCCAGUGUAUCCGUGACCUGGUGUUCUCCCUCCCGCCCGCCCACCACGACACCAUGAAGGUCCUCUUCCGCCACCUCUCCAGGGUGAUCGAGUACAAGGAGGAGAACCGCAUGUCGGUGCAGAGCAUCGCCAUCGUCUUCGGCCCCACGCUGCUGCGGCCGGCGAGCGAGGAGGGCAACAUGGCCAUGCACAUGGUCUUCCAGAACCAGGUGGUGGAGCACAUCCUCAACCAGUACGGCUACAUCUUCCCCGAUGGCUAAAAACCACCCCGGGGGACACGCAUGGGGACAAACCCAACAGCGGGGACAUGAAGGAGCAGCAUCUCAGGGGAAGGACUUGGCUGCGUGUCACCUCGGUGGUGGCAAUCACGGGUUCCAUGAAGGGCAGCGCGGUGGCCCGGCUUGCUCGGGAUGUGGCUUGAGGGACAGGCACCGGAGCUGGGGACACCCCGAGCACCCCGUCCCCCGCUGCCACCCACUCCCACCGGGGCCACAUCCGUGGGGAUUGAGCCCCGGGGUGGGGUGUGGGAUCUGGGGUGGGGGGGGACGAUGGAGCCCUGAGGUCCCCAGCUCCCCGGGGCCGGCGGCACAGACCUGGUGUCCCCAGGUGAGAGGAUGGAGGUGGCCGACCGGGCAGUGCCCGCGGGGACAGUGCCACUGACUAUGCCAUGGCCAGAGCCAGCGUCCGGCACGAGCCACCAAAUUCCCAAAU